GCUUCGAGAGGAGGAUCCCAUAAAUGCUUAGUAGUCUGGAUAAGGUUAUACAGCUAGUUAGUGGCAGAGCCUGGACGAGAAUACAGGUCCUGAUUCCCGACCCAGGGCUUUUGAUCAUAUCAGCUAUAUGGAUCCCACACAAAUGUGCAAACCCUAAGUAGAAGCUGUAAAUCCUGGAAGUGAAUAAAAAAAAAAAGAAACUGAAGGCUUUGUAAUUAUGGUGAUCAGGCUUCGCUUCUAGGAGAAAUGAUGAAAUUUAUUCCUCUCCUUUCGGUGGAAAGGUCCGCUGGGACCUUCCUGCUCUUCCUCACCACAAAGGAUCAUUGGUAUGUCAAGCCAGGACAGCCAGUCCUCAUACAGUUCUUCUGGUUACCCAGGCAUACUAUGAUGGCUGCUCUCUCUGAAGCAACCAACACCUUUACCUUGAAUGUUUUUAAAAAAAUUAGUGAUGAAGAUGCCUCACGGAAUGUGUUUUAUUCUCCCUUGAGCCUCUACUGUGCCUUCGCUAUGGUCUUAGAUGGGGCCAAGGGAAAUACUGCCGCACAGAUACGACAGGUUCUUUCUUUAAACAAAAGUGCAGAUGUCCACCAAGGUUUCCAGUCUUUUCUUGCAGAAGCUAAUAAAUCUGGUAGUCAGUGCCUGCUAAGAAUUGCCAACCGACUCUUUGGAGAAAAGACUUUUGAUUUUUUCUUAUCUUUUAAGGAAUCCUGUCAGAGAUUCUACCAUUCCAACAUGGAAGAACUUGACUUUGCAAACGCUCCUGAGGAAGCAAGAACGCAUAUAAAUACGUGGGUCGAAGAAAAGACAGAAGGUAAGAUUGCAGAACUCCUAGCUGGUGAUGCCAUUAAUUCACUGACCUCUCUGGUACUUGUGAAUGCCAUCUAUUUCAAAGGAAAAUGGGAAAAACAAUUUGACACAAGCAAGACAACAGAAAAGAUGUUCAAAAUCAGCAAGGAGAAGCAGAAACCAGUACAGAUGAUGUUUCAGAAAUCUACAUUUAGCAUGACCUACAUAAGAGAAGUGUUUACCAAGAUCCUGGUUCUGCCUUAUGUUGGAGGACAAAUGGACAUGGUUAUUUUGCUUCCAGAUGAGAAUACAGAUGUAAAAAUGUUGGGAAAAAGAUUUACUUCUGAGAAAUUAGCAGAUUGGUUAAAUCCAGAGAUGAUGAAUGAAAUGGAAGUGGAAGUUUUCCUUCCCAGAUUCAUAUUGGAGGAGGAUUUAGACAUGAAGUCCAUUCUUCAAAAAUUGGGGAUGUCAGAUGCCUUUGAUGGAUCCGUGGCUGACUUUUCUGGGAUGUCGGCCAGGCGUGACCUGUAUCUGUCCAAGGUUGUACACAAAGCUUUUGUGGAAGUUAAUGAAGAAGGCACGGAGGCAGCUUGUGCCACUGCAGCUGUCAUGGUGUUGCGAAGUGCAAGAAUGAUUCCACAAUUUGUGGUUGACCGUCCUUUCCUUUUUCUUAUCCGAGAUAACAGCUCAAAAACCAUUUUGUUUUUGGGCAAAGUGAUCUCUCCAUAAAGAGAUCAUUUCCUUUUGAUAGAGUCUUUACCCUCAUGCUAUUUACAUCUCUUUUACCCAGACUCUGAUGUGCCUAUAAUCCAAAGUGUUCUUAUCAACAUGGAGAUAAUAAUCCAAAAAUAAAAUUCCUGAUUGGGAAAUUCUC